AUGCCUGCUGAGAUUGUUGAUUGUGCUAUUCUGGUUAUCUCUGAUAAGGGAAAUUUGGGUUUUGCUAAAAGUGGAGAUGAGAAAUUCACAUGGUUUAGUAAUGGAGGUUUUGUUUUUGAUGAUGUUAUUGUUUAUAAGGGUCAGCCAUAUGUGGUGGAUAGCUUGGGUUAUGUUUUUAGGAUUGAUGUGUCUUCAGAAGUGAUGGUGAAGAUUUCGUCGAAAGUGAUUGGUUUUGGUGGGCGGAAGCAUUUGGUAGAGUCUUGUGGAGAGCUUUGUGGUCGAUAUGUUUGCAAGUUGGAACUGUUGAAUGGAGAGUUGGGCAGAUGGGUUGAAGUGAAGAGCUUGGGUGAUGGAGCGUUUUUCUUGGCUAUGGAUUGCUGUUUCUCUGUUUCGGCCCAAGAAUUGGCUGGGUGCAAAGGGAAUUGCAUUUACUUCUCAGAUGAAAACAAUGUUAAUCUUGCUCUUAGAGAAGUAACUAGACCAGAGAGUUUCAUGUUCUACUUAGAGGACCAUAGCAUUCAGAAGUUGGGAUCUUCCCCAGGCGGUUCCCAGAUAUUUUGGCCACCUCCAAUUGAGCUCGGCUCCACAUGUUUGUAUUCUCUGGAUUGA